AUGAUCAUCCCAACUGACCACCGUCUCAAAAUCUACAACAACCUCUUCAAAGAGGGAGUUGUCGUCGCCAAGAAGGACUUUGGUGCCAAGACCCACCCAAACAUUGAGGGUGUCUCUAACCUCGAGGUCAUCAUUGCCCUGAAGUCACUCAAGUCCAGACAGCACGUCACUGAGAUCUUCAACUGGCAAUACUAUUACUUCACCCUCACUGACCAGGGAAUCCAGUACCUCCGUCAGUACCUGCAGCUCCCAGAGUCUGUGGUCCCAACCACCCUCCGCAAGCCAGCUGCUCGUCAAAUCGAGCGCUCCGAGCGUUCUGAGCGUUCCGAGAGACGUCCAGAGAGAUUCGAGGAUGGAAAGCGUGUUGGUCCAAGCGGCGAGUUCACCCCAGGUUUCAGAGGAGGCGAUCGCCCACGUGGAGGUCGUGGUGGUAUGAGCAGAGGAGGAUACAGGAGAAACGAGGAGGGAGGUGAGCGUCGUCCAGCCCCAACCAACAACUAA